AUGGAUAAAGAUUUGCUGCGCUUUGAACAAAUAGACAGCAUUAUGCAGGUACAUGGGGAAGGCGAGGAGAGGACGGUAAGUGGACUGGAAGGUAGCAAGACCGACCUGUUGAAUGAGGAAGGGACUAGCCAAGUGGUAGAACCGUUGAGACGGAAACAGAAUAGGAGCUAUGAGAAAAGCAAAAACUAUUUGGAAAAAAUGCUGGAAAGGCAGAAGCGAGUAAACGAUUUUUUAAGUUUAGAAAAAGCAGAAGAAAGUGUAAAAAAAAAUUUGAGUGUGGUAAAUUAUGAAGAAGCCUUUAAGCAACUAAAGAGCCAAUUGAAGGGGAAGUCCCGGGGGAAACAGCAGGUAGUCGGAGAGGGGGGGGGCGUGGCGGAGGAUGGCCGGAUAGAAGAAACACUGAUGAGCGAUGUGGAUGAUAAAGAAAUCGAAAAGCAAAUUAAAGGCAUACUCCAGGGCAAGAACUUAAAUGAUGAAUUAUAUGGGUUGGCUCGCUUUGAAGAGAGAGGCGGAAUGGACACACAAGAAGUUACAGGAAGGAAAGAUAAGAAGGAAGACGAGGAAAAGAAAAAGAUUGAUGAGUUUUUUAAAAGCAUGAGUGUCCAAGUGAAGUUGAGCAAGGACAUGUGUGGGGGGUGCGGAAUACCCUUUCAGUCGUCUGAUCAGAAGAAGUUUGGCUUUUUGAAAAGGAAUGUGUACGAGAGGGUGGUCAGCAGGGACGAGGGUUUUGAUAAGAGGGAGAUACUGCGCGAUAUUUAUGAGGAAGGGGCGGAGGAGGAGUGUGGGAAGGAGCAUGGUGAUUUGAUUGGGCAGGUGGGUAGAAGGCUGAUUGACGACCAACUGGGCGGCCAAGCGGAGGAGCAGAACCGCAAGCAGCAGCUGCUGGGUGAGUUUCACAAACUAAGAGGGGAAGCCAUGAGCAAGGUUGUGCAGCUGGGGAGGGGUAACAACUCUGUGGAUGGAAGCAGCAUCUCUGGGGGGGUCCAAUCUCUGCAAUGUGACAACACGCAGGGAAAAAGCAGUAGUAUGAUACAGGACCAGGGAGGCGAACCAACGGGAGCGGAAAGGACUGAAGAGAAGUCUUACUUAUGCGAACGAUGCUUCAAUUUGAAAUACAAAAAUGAUAUAAAGGACAACAUGAUAAUUAAUUAUACAAAUAAAAACGAAAUCAGUGCCCAGGAUUUCGAAAAGUACGUAAUAAAUAUUUUCAAGAAAAGAUGUUUCAUAAUUUACAUUGUAGACAUUUUGGAUUUGUACAUUUAUUCAAAUUUGCGUAAUUUAUUUUUUUUAUAUAAAAUGCAGUCGGAUAAGGGUAAAAGUGAGGGUUUUUUUUUUUGCAUAAAUAAGGUGGACCUUUUACCUGACUGUAAAGAAUUCACUGUGAAGAAUUACGUGUACAAUUUUUUACGAAGCAACAAGAUAAAUGUGUUGUUUCGAAACAUUUUUUUGGUGAGCGCCAAGACGGGCUACAACGUGAAGAAGCUGAUUUACACGGUCUACAUGAGGAGCAGGGUGGUGCGGAAGAGGGGAAAGGGGCGCAAACGGCGCGGUCAUGGGGAAGGAGAGGAAACGGGUGACGUUAGCAAGGGUGACGGUGAUGACAAUCCCUCCGCGUCGGAGCACGAUGACGAAGAAGAAGACGAAGAAGAUGAAUAUGAAGAAGUGGAUGGUGAGGAUGACGAUGGGGAGGUGGACGGUGAUGAGGUUAACCGUGAUGACCUGGGAGAACUGGCCCCCCCGGGAGAGGCACCGAGGAAAAAGAAAAAGUUCUUCCUCAAGAACGUGAACAUUUAUAUCGUUGGAAAUGCCAACAGCGGGAAAUCUUCCCUCAUUAAUUACCUACUGAAAAAUGUACAAAGAAAAGACAAUCGAAAAUUCCAAAUUAGCAACAGCAUAAUUCCAGGAACGACUUUGAAGAAUAUACAAAUAAAGUUAAACAAAAAUAUAACCAUUAAUGACACCCCAGGAAUUAUUUCCAGUCAGUCACUUCUCUCUUGUCUCAACUUUGAUGAAAUGAAAUACGUGGUGUGCACAAAGUUGAAGAAGAAAGUGCCAUCCAUAUACAUAAAUAAAAAUGAUUACAUUUUUAUUGGGGGGCUUAUGUAUAUUCACAUUUUAAAUAUUAAAAAGUAUUAUGCCAUUAUGUCUUUUUUUAUGUCCGAGAAAAUUCCAAUUAUAAAAAGGAAAAAUUUUUCCAAAGACGCUAGGAACUUUUUAAGAGAGAAGAUAAGCAGCGGGUUUCUUUAUCCCCCAUUUUCAGUAGAAAGAUUUGACCAAUUGAACAAUUUCAAGGACUGCUAUUUUAAUAUUACAAAUCCGUGCGUCGAUCGGGACAGUGGUAGUUACGACAUACAUGUACAGGGGUUGGGGUGCAUCACAUUUUACUCAUUUGAGAAUAUCGAAUUUAAUUUGUACACGCUGAAAAAUGUGGAUGUUGUUUCGAGGAGCUCCCUGAUGCCGUAUCAUAAGAAGUAUGGUAGUUUGAGCAUUUCCAAAGGGAAGUAG